AUGGGUAGGCCAUCCUCAACCAUCGAAAUCCCUCACGAACGCCACCGAUUUAACGCUCGCCGCUCACCGGAAUCCGAUGUCUCCAACGAGUAUCGCCGCCGUCGCAGUCCCAGCUAUGACUCUUACGACCGCCCCACGGACCGCCGGCGCCGCCGUUCGGUUUCGCCUGCACACAGAAACCCUAGACACACCAAUGGAACUGCCAACGACAAUGCUCUGCCGAAGAAAUUUGGUCACCGAAACGGCGCGUAUCUAGACCGUGACCGUGAGGAUUGGCAGCGUUCCGAUUCCGAGUCUGACGAGGAGUUGAAGGGUUUGAGUUACGAGGAAUACCGAAGGCUCAAGCGCCAGAAGAUGAGGAAAUUGCUGAAACACUGCAUCUGGAACGUCACGCCGAGUCCUCCGCGGUGUGACAAUGACGAUCUGGAGAAUUAUAGCAAACCUGAUGACAUCUUUGACCGAGACGACAUCGCUGGGAAGGUCGAAAAGGAGGCUAAACCAAUAGCUAAAUUGAAAUCGGAAUCUGAUUCCGAUUCUGAAUCUGAUAAGUCUAUUAGCAGUGAAUCAGACGAUUCGCGCCGGAGGAAGAAGAGGAGGAAGAGUUCUGCUGGUUCUUCAAGGAGGUCGUGUAGUGAAAGUGGAUCAGAAUCUGAAUCGGAAUCAGAAGAAGAGGAUAGCAGACGAAGGAGUAGGAGAAAUAGAAGAAAAAGAAGUAACAGGAGCAGCAGGAAGAGAAGAUAUAGCGAUUCAGAUGAAAGCGAAGAGAGCGAGAGUGGUGACUCUGACAGCAGCGGGGGAAAGAGGACGAACCGUUCUUCUGCUUCAAGGUCUCGAUCGAAGAUUAGCCGAAGGAGCAGAAAAGGAAAAAAGAAAAGUUCUGAGACGGAAAGCGAGGGUGCUUAUUCGGAGGAGGAGAAUGGCUCCGGUUCUGGUGAUGGUAAGAUUAAAGCUACUAUUGAUGAGGUGUUGAACACGGAGAUUAAUGCGGAGGCUAUAAAGUUAAAGGAAUUGUUCGAGUCUCAGAAGAAACCCGCUUUAGAUAACGAACCCUCUGUUGGGCCAAUGCCAUUGCCGAGAGCUGAGGGACAUAUAAGUUACGGUGGAGCGCUUAGGCCCGGUGAAGGUGAUGCCAUUGCACAGUAUGUUCAACAAGGGAAGCGGAUUCCUCGAAGAGGAGAAGUGGGUCUUUCUGCGGAGGAGAUUCAGAAGUUUGAGAGUCUUGGUUAUGUGAUGAGUGGUAGUAGGCACCAGAGGAUGAAUGCCAUUCGUAUCAGGAAAGAAAACCAGGUUUACAGUGCUGAGGAUAAGCGUGCUUUGGCUAUGUUUAACUAUGAAGAGAAGGCCAAGAGGGAGCAUAAGGUUAUGGCUGAUCUGCAGCGCCUUGUGCAACGCCACAUUGGCCAGGAUGUUGGUCCAACUCAUGAUCCUUUUGCUGCAAAAGCCUCCGAUGGUGCUGAUGCAUGA